UUUUAUUUUUGUUAAGCGCUUCCUGCCCAGGAAACGCUGAUCGCCGUGUGUAGCUUGAGUGCAGAGGAGGUGCGCAGACUGCCGGUGACUGCGGGGCGGACGGAGAAAGACUGCAGGAGUUUAUCUUGGUUCCGCUGGUGUUGUGUUGGUGGUUUGACUGCAAAGAUGUUCCCUGCAGUGCUCACAGUGUUACUGACUUUCUUCAGCCUCGCUGAAAGCAAACAGAAAGACUUUUAUACUUUUAAAGUUGUGAAUAGCAGGGGUAAGCUGGUAUCUCUGGAGAAAUAUCGGGGUUCGGUUUCCCUGGUGGUAAACGUAGCUAGUGAAUGUGGCUUCACUGAGGAACACUACAAUCAACUGCAGCAGCUCCAGCGGGACUUUGGUCCAUAUCACUUCAAUGUGCUAGCCUUCCCCUGUAACCAAUUUGGACAGCAGGAGCCUGGCAGUGACAAGGAGAUUGACAGCUUUGUGCGCAGAGUCUACGGAGUCUCCUUUCCUCUGUUCAGCAAAAUUGCUGUUGUUGGCACUGGAGCCAACAAUGUCUACAAGUACCUUCUUGAGGCAUCUGGAAAGGAGCCUGACUGGAAUUUCUGGAAGUAUCUAAUUGACGUUAACGGCAAAGUGGUGGAUGCAUGGGGACCAAAAAUCUCUGUCAAAGAAAUUCGCCCUAAAAUUGCUGAAAUGGUGCGGCAAAUAAUCUUGAAGAAGAAAGAAGAGCUUUAACACAUUUCGCUUCAAGACUCUACUGAAUGUUAAUACCACAGGGAAACUGUGGCAGGUUUGAGCAGAAAAAAUGAGUCACUGCUUUGGUAACAUUACACUAACGUAAUGGCUUAUUCAUUUGUGUUAAGGAAGUAAAACGCUUUGUGGUAGGUCUUGUUUGUAGCUAUAAAUAAUUUUUUAAAAAGGUGGCGCUACAGGAAAUAGAAGAUCAAAUACACUGGGGAUUAAGGCAAUAUGAGGUGUGAUCAAGCAGCAACCCUCAGGCCAAAGAAAGGUUCCAAACAUUCCUUAAAAGCUACACGAAGCUGGCUCCAAAAUGCGUCAGUACUUUUGGCUCGCAUGUCUAGAAUUCCUUGCAGGAUUAAAAAGCACACACUGGAACAAAAAUUGUAUUUGGCCUCUAAUGAUACCUAGGGGUGUGGCUGCUUUAAUCGACACUUAUGCUAAUUUAAGUCUCACAACCUUCUCUCAGUGUUUGUGGUGUUGGAGUUUAUCCAAAUUGAUCAGCUACAACUGUACUUCUUUACUUGAUCGACUUAGUAAGAUUCAAAGCUACCAAAUGUGUUAUGGAAAUUUUCAUCCUUCUGACACCUAAGUUUAAGUGUACUGUAACAGAAAACUUAAUUUUUCUUGAAUCUGUACUAAAUUUUCCACAA